CACAACUCAUUACCUUCAUCAACAAGAGAAAACAGAAAUAGCAAAGUUUCAUCUUUCAUUUCAUUUCAUUUCUGCAUUCAUUGAUUCUUUCUCUCAUCAUUCACUAGCAAGCAGAAGAAAACAACACUGUUGUACUUGUUUAGUUUCAUCAUCACACAACAACAACUUUAUCUUGUAGAAGAAGAAACAAGCUCUUGUUGUUCUUGAAGACGAACAAUAAUGGAAGGAACUGAUAUAUACAGAGCGAGUAAUAGUAUAAGAUCAAGAAGCUCAACAGUUUUCAGGAACAGUGGAGUGGAGGUUUUCUCAAGAUCUUCUCGUGAAGAGGAUGAUGAAGAAGCUCUCAAGUGGGCUGCGCUUGAAAAACUUCCUACUUACAACCGUUUGAGGAAAGGGUUGUUGACAGCUUCUCAUGGACCUGCCAAUGAAAUCGAUGUCACUGAUCUUGCUUACCAAGACAAACAGAAGCUUCUUGAUAGGUUGGUCAAGGUUGCUGAAGAGGACAAUGAGAAGUUCUUGUUGAAGCUCAAGGAGAGAAUUGACAGAGUUGGGCUUGAUAUUCCAACCAUUGAAGUUCGAUAUGAGCACUUGAAUAUUGAUGCUGAGGCUUUUGUGGGAAGCAGAGCUUUGCCUAGUUUCAUCAACUCUGCUACUAAUGUCAUCGAGGGGUUUCUAAAUUUUCUCCAUAUUCUCCCAAGCAAAAAGAAACAUGUGACUAUUCUUAAAGAUGUAAGUGGGAUAAUUAAGCCUCGCAGGAUGACACUGCUUUUGGGUCCUCCUGGUUCAGGAAAGACCACACUCCUUUUGGCCUUGUCAGGAAAGCUUGAUAAAAGUCUUCAGUUAACCGGGAACAUCACUUACAAUGGGCAUGGAAUGAACGAGUUUGUACCUCAGAGAACUGCUGCCUAUAUCAGCCAGCAUGAUGUCCAUAUUGGUGAAAUGACUGUGAGGGAAACCUUGGCUUUCUCAGCAAGGUGCCAAGGAGUUGGAUCACGUUACGACUUGCUAACUGAGUUGUCUAGAAGAGAGAAAGCUGCAAAUAUCAAGCCUGACCCAGAUAUUGAUGUCUACAUGAAGGCAGUUUCAGCUGAAGGCCAAGAGUCGAGCAUAGCAACAGAUUACACACUGAAGAUUUUGGGGUUGGAUAUAUGUGCUGAUACUAUGGUGGGGGAUGAAAUGUUGCGUGGAAUCUCUGGAGGACAAAGGAAACGUGUUACUACAGGAGAGAUGUUGGUUGGACCAGCAAAUGCACUCUUCAUGGAUGAAAUAUCAACAGGGUUGGACAGCUCCACAACAUAUCAGAUUGUGAGCUCUCUGAGGCAGUAUGUUCACAUUCUCAAUGGCACUGCUGUUAUAUCACUGCUCCAGCCAGCACCCGAGACUUAUGACCUUUUCGAUGAUAUCAUCUUAAUCUCUGAUGGCCAAGUUGUGUACCAUGGUCCCCGCGAAUAUGUUCUCGAUUUCUUCGAAUCUAUGGGCUUCAAAUGUCCUGAGAGGAAAGGUGCUGCUGACUUUCUUCAGGAAGUAACUUCAAAGAAGGAUCAAGAACAGUACUGGGUGCGCCGAGAUGAACCCUACAGAUUUGUCACUGUCACUCAAUUUGCUGAGGCAUUUCAGUCAUUCCAUAUUGGUAGGAAACUUGCAGAGGAGGUUGCAGUUCCAUUUGACAAGACUAAGAGCCAUCCUGCUGCUUUAACCACUAAAGAGUAUGGUAUUAACAAGAAGGAGCUCUUGAAGGCUAACUUCUCAAGAGAGUAUCUGCUUAUGAAAAGGAAUUCAUUCGUUUACAUAUUCAAGCUAAGCCAGCUUUUCGUCAUGGCCUUGAUAGCUUUGACACUAUUUCUUCGGACUGAGAUGCAUCAAAGAAAUCAGGAUGACGCGGGUGUUUAUUCUGGUGCUUUGUUCUUUACAUUGGUGACCAUUAUGUUUAAUGGAAUGGCUGAGAUCUCUAUGACCAUUUCUAAGCUUCCUGUUUUCUACAAGCAACGGGACCUUCUGUUUUAUCCCUCAUGGGCAUAUGCUAUUCCUUCAUGGAUUCUCAAGAUUCCUGUUACAAUAGCAGAAGUUGCUGUUUGGGUGUUUCUCACCUACUAUGUUAUUGGAUUUGAUCCUAAUGUUGGGAGGUUUUUCAAGCAGUUCAUUUUGCUAUUCUUCAUCAGUCAAAUGGCUUCUGGAUUGUUCCGAGCUAUUGCAGCGCUGGGUAGAAACAUGAUUGUUGCCAACACAUUUGGGUCCUUUGCAGUUCUCACACUUCUUUCAUUGGGUGGCUUCAUUAUUUCAAAAAAGGAUAUUAAAAGCUGGUGGAUUUGGGGUUACUGGAUCUCACCUCUUAUGUAUGGACAGAAUGCUUUGAUGAUCAAUGAAUUUCUUGGGAACCAGUGGCACAAUGCUACCAACAAUUUAGGAGUUGAAUUUCUGGAAACCCGCGGGUUCUUCACAGAUGCAUAUUGGUAUUGGUUAGGACUUGGGGCAUUGGUUGGAUUCGUGUUUCUUUUCAACAUGGCUUUUGGCCUUGCUCUUGAAAUACUCGGCCCAUUUGAUAAGACUCAAGCAACAAUAGUUGAAGAAUCAGAAGCUGAUACAGCUGCUGAAGUCGAGCUACCACGUAUUGAAAGUUCAGGACAAGAUGGUUCUGUUGUGGAGUCUAGCCAUGGGAAGAAAAAAGGAAUGGUUCUUCCUUUUGAACCACAUUCUAUCACUUUUGAUGAAAUCACAUACUCUGUUGACAUGCCACAAGAAAUGAGAGAACAAGGUGUACAAGAAGAUAAAUUAGUGCUUUUGAAAGGUGUUAGUGGCGCAUUCAGGCCUGGUGUCCUCACAGCUUUGAUGGGUGUAAGUGGAGCUGGUAAGACUACUUUGAUGGAUGUUCUAGCUGGUCGGAAAACUGGUGGAUAUAUUGAUGGCAGCAUAAAAAUUUCUGGGUACCCCAAAAAACAAGAAACAUUUGCAAGAAUCUCUGGUUACUGUGAGCAGAAUGAUAUCCACUCGCCUCAUGUGACAGUUUAUGAGUCCUUGCUUUACUCAGCUUGGCUUCGUUUACCUUCAGGAGUUGAUACCAAAACUAGAAAGAUGUUCAUUGAGGAAGUCAUGGAACUGGUGGAGCUGAACCCAUUGAGGAACUCACUGGUUGGUUUGCCUGGUGUGAGUGGUCUCUCAACUGAACAGCGCAAGAGGCUCACCAUUGCAGUUGAAUUGGUGGCUAAUCCAUCCAUUAUUUUCAUGGAUGAGCCUACUUCUGGUUUAGAUGCAAGAGCUGCUGCCAUUGUUAUGAGAACAGUCAGGAACACUGUGGACACAGGAAGAACAGUUGUAUGCACCAUCCACCAACCUAGCAUUGACAUUUUUGAAGCUUUUGAUGAGCUAUUCCUAAUGAAGCGUGGAGGACAAGAAAUAUAUGUUGGGCCACUGGGUCGUCAAUCUUGCCAUUUGAUCAAGUAUUUUGAGAGCAUUGAUGGAGUGAGUAAAAUCAAAGACGGAUAUAACCCAGCAACUUGGAUGUUGGAAGUUACAUCUACAGCACAAGAACUUAGUUUGGGUGUUGAUUUUACUGAUUUAUACAAAAACUCUGAUCUAUUUAGGAGGAACAAGCAGCUUAUACAAGAGCUGGGUGAGCCUGCACCUGAUUCAAAGGAUCUAUAUUUCGCAACUCAGUUCUCGCAGCCUUUCUUGAUCCAAUGCCAGGCUUGCUUAUGGAAACAACGUUGGUCAUAUUGGCGCAAUCCACCAUACACUGCUGUGAGGUUUUUCUUCACUACUUUCAUUGCCGUGAUGUUUGGAACAAUCUUCUGGGACCUCGGAGGCAAACACAAAAGGAGACAAGAUCUGUUGAAUGCUGUGGGUUCAAUGUAUAGUGCUGUUCUCUUCCUUGGAGUGCAAAACUCUUCAUCUGUACAGCCAGUGGUAUCAGUUGAAAGAACAGUCUUCUAUAGAGAAAAAGCUGCUGGAAUGUAUUCUGCCUUACCCUAUGCAUUUGCUCAGAUUCUAGUGGAGCUACCAUAUAUUUUCUUCCAAGCCGUGACGUAUGGUGUCAUAGUUUAUGCCAUGAUCGGAUUUGAUUGGACUGCAGAGAAAUUCUUUUGGUAUUUGUUCUUCAUGUACUUCACAUUGUUGUACUUCACCUUCUAUGGGAUGAUGGGUGUGGCAGUGACACCAAAUCACCAUGUUGCUUCCAUUGUGGCUGCUGCAUUCUAUGCAAUUUGGAACCUGUUUUCAGGAUUUGUUGUCCCAAGACCAAGCAUUCCAGUGUGGUGGAGAUGGUACUAUUGGGCAUGUCCAGUGGCCUGGACCAUCUAUGGACUGAUUGCAUCUCAGUUUGGAGAUAUAACUACAGUAAUGGACACUGAAGGUGGAAAAACUGUGAAAAUGUUCCUAGAAGAUUAUUAUGGUAUCAAACAUAGCUUCAUUGGAGUUUGCGCAGUUGUGGUUCCUGGGGUCGCGAUUCUCUUUGCAUUUAUCUUCGCUGUUGCAAUCAAGGCCUUUAACUUCCAAAAGAGAUAGAUUACAGUCUUUCCCAAACCAGAAGAUUCUUUAUAUUUUUGUUUCAUUAUCCUCCAUUUAAUUUCUCUUUACUCCUAUAAUACUUGUACCUAUUGUUCAUGCAACACUUGCAGAGGAAACAUAUUCCCCCCACUUGUUUGAAGCUUUUUUGCCCUUCUUUUUUAAAUGUACAAGCUAUGGUUUUGUUCCUAUGAUUUUGUAUUGCUAUUUUGGUUGUAAUUAAAUGUAAUGUAUUUUUGAGUUCAUCCUAUUACAUCCAUUUCUGAUUUCUGAA